GUACUGGAAGCCAUGAAAGAAGAAGCCGAUGCAUACAUUGUAGCAUAUUCUGUAACGGACAGAGCCAGUUUUGAGAAAGCUGUCGACAUCUUAUUCAGUCUCCGUGAGAGAGGCAUCACCAACAGUAAAGCUGUCAUCUUGGUCGCAAAUAAAUCAGAUUUAGCCAGAACCAGAGAAAUAGCUAUUGAGGAGGGAAAAUCCAUUGCUUGCUCUUACGAGUGCAAAUUCAUCGAAACUUCAGCUGCCAUCAACCACAAUGUGGAUGAGCUCCUCGUGGGACUUGUAAGUCAAAUUCGUCUGAAGAAUCGCCAGAAAGAUGAACCCCAUCGCGUAAGUAAGCCUUCAUCACCUUCCAGCUCCCCGUUGAGGAAAGGAGGCGGCAGUGUCAAAGGGACUUUGAGAUCCAGUCUCAGAACCAAAGGCCUCAUCAAUAGAUUGUUAGGAAAAGGAGUAAGAUCGAAAUCCUGCGAUAAUCUUCAUGUCCUGUGAAAUGGAAAGGCAUGGUAUUUUUUUUUUUCAUCUGUUUUCCCAUGAAGUUCUGUGAAA